AUGGCACAACUCAACCUCACAUUGCUAGUCACUUUCAUCUUUCUCUUCUUUUCAAUUCUUGCCCAUGUUGAACCAUCCUUGGCCAAGCAUGAUUCACAAACAAUGACCUACGUGGAGUCCUCUUGCAAUGGCACCCUCUACCCAGAUCUUUGCAUUCGUUGCCUUCAAAAAUUUGUCAACAACUCCACCAUAGAUGGUCCUCAACACUUAGCACAUGUUGCCUUAUCAGUGAGCCUCUCUAGAGCACUACAAACAAGAUGGUACUUGUUGAAAGUGGCAAAGGAACUCAAGGAAAUAAAGAACAAAAGGGAGUACCUAACGGUAGAAGAUUGCGUGAAUCAAAUCACUGAUAGUGUGGACCAACUUAGCCAAGCCAUUAAAGAACUAAGAAGGUUCAACGACCAAGGUGGUAGCAACACCAUCAAUGAUGAUGUCUUGUGGCACAUAAGUAAUGUUGAAACAUGGGUGAGUACUGCUUUAACAGAUGCUAGCAGUUGUGUGUAUUCGUUCCCUGGUCAUAGGAUGAGUAAGAGAGCAGCUUCUAUUAGGGUUAAGGCCAAGAAUGUUGCAGAAGUCACUAGUAAUGCACUUGCUUUGUUUCAUAGAUAUGCAUCUAAGUACAUGCAAGAAGCAGCUAGAACCACCAAGAAGCCUUAA